AUGUCUCAGCCGAAGAUUACAUUCUACGUGGACAUUGUGAGCCCGUUUGCCUACAUUGCUUUCCACGUCCUCAAGAAUUCAAAUGCCUUCAAACAGGUCGAGGUGCAAUAUGUGCCGAUCCUGCUUGGGGGUUUGAUGAAGGUCUGUGGGAACACACCGCCGCUGAAGAUCAAGAACAAAGACAAGUGGAUCAAUACGGAGCGCCAGCGCUUGUCGAAACAGUUCAACGUGCCUAUCCUGCAAGAUGCUCCGCCUGGCUUCCCUGUCAGCACAUUGCCCAUUCAGCGCGCCCUGGUAUCUCUCUCGCUCUCUCACCCACAAAAACUUGAACGCGCAAUAGAGCUCUGCUACGAAAAUUUCUGGGCGCACUGGAACGACCCGACUAAGCCGGAGAAUCUGCAGGCUAUCCUUGGGACUGUUUUGGGCAGUGACGAAGAGGCGCAAAAGGUGAUCGCGAGGACGAAGACCGAUGAGGUGAAGCAGGCUCUGGGCGGAAACACUACCAAGGCGUUUGAAGACGGCGCCUUUGGGCUGCCAUGGUUUGUCGUUCCUCGGCUGCAGAUCCAGUCUACUAAAGAAAUGGAUUACUACCGACAAAAUGAACUCCCCGAGACGGUCAAGCGUUACAAGACCUACACCGACCAAUUCCAAGCGUGGUUGCUCCAGACAGCCUUCCAACGUGGCGUGGAGAUUGCAAAUGUGGUUGCAGACCAGGCUAAGAAGAAAAAGAACAAGAAGGGCUACAGAAUACCGCUACAGAAACAGGAGCAGCUCGUCAACGCCAUAGCCGCUACGAGCAUUCCGCUCGCGGACACCAGUGGUAUCGACGACCUGGGAGACGCUAUCCGGUCAAGGAAGGAGGUAACGCAAUAUCACAAACACAAUAACACGGCGGACCUGGGUCAUGAAUACUUCAAUGGCAGCUUAGAAGCGCUCAUGGCGGUGCUGAAGGAUCUUGUCCCCGGUAUCAAUAAGGCUCGAAACGGCAAGACUGACACGCCUACCCUUGUCUUCAUCCAGUUUCCCGCCGAGUCCAACAAAAGCCAAGACGAACAGGACGAUUUACUUAAGAAGAUGCGGAAGCGGGACCAGGUUGACAUGGAUGAUGGCAGCCAGCAGCAGCAGCCUCUGACUUCCAAGACGAAGACGAAGGCGCCGAUACCAGAGGAGAAUCUGCUGACUGCAGAGGAAGAACAGUUGCGCCGUGACUUUCUUGUACUCUGCUUCCUCUACAAGUUCAACCGCAUACGGGAUGUCAUCUACGAGGUGUGGGUCGCUUACCGUGAGGGCCAUGUCAAUGCGAUGACCGCAGCGCUAGUGACCGACCUCGCCCAGGAUCAUUUGCACCAGAACGUCAAGGCACUGAUGGAGGAGCUCGAUUUGCUACCAGGAGACCUGGCCAUACUCAUCCGUCAGCUUUUCGAUAAGAUCAAAGCAGCUCCCAACACUGGAGCACAGAACGCAGCAACACCGCUCACUGAAAAGGCACUGCGUCACCUGUUUUGUCUGGAUGAUGCUGCCGUCUUGAUCAAGAGCUACGUCACGAAUAAGCGCCCGAUGAAGGACAGUAUUGGCAACGACAUCCAGGAGCACCCUCUCAUGAUAUUCUUGAGGUUCUUCGACGUUAUUCGCAAGGGCAACCUCAAGCUUCCAAAGUGGGAUCACUUUACCGCAGAGAUGCUGUUGCAUCAGAGUACAUCACAAGACUACCUACCCUUCGGCCUUGCCAUUGUUCUCGACAUCCAAGAGGCAGUGCGCGACGACUGUCGUCGGAUGCUACGCGACCUCACCGAGCACGGCUUAGACAUCGCCAGAUGUAUCCGUUGUCAUGUCGACUACGAAGACCGCAUGUGGGCCAAGGGAACAAAGCCUGACUACAUGUGCAAAGAAGAGAUCAAGUUCAGUACCCUCCUGUUGAAGCCUCUAGACAGGCUGUUGGACUGGCUGCAAGAUGUUCUGAAUUCGCGAGAAGUGCCGAUGGCUGCUAGCGUCUUCAUCACCGUUCAUUCGACGCUCGCGGGACUUUCAAUGUGGCACUACAACCAGAUCUACCACCAUACUACCAUUGCCAAGAUACAGUGGUUCAUCAAUGGCCUCGCUCACCUCUACAACGCCGCCUGCCAAAUUGGCGGUCUGAACAUCCAGUGGCCAGACCUCGACUAUCUGAUCAAGAUGCAUGGGUAA